AUGUCUGGUGACUAUUCCAUGUUCCAGGGUGUGGAAGACUCUAUCACGCUCAAUGUCACUAGAUUAACAGGGUUCAUACUUACGGGAUUCUCAGAUGUCCCUGAGCUGCAGACUGCGUACGGGCUGUUCUUCCUGGUAAUGUACCUAGCAGUCAUAAUGAAUAACCUCCUCCUCAUCACCCUCAUCAUUCUGGAUCUGAAACUUCAAACACCCAUGUACUUUUUUCUGAAGAAUUUGUCCCUAUUGGAUCUCUUCUUUAUUUCUGUUCCAAUCCCAAAUUUCUUUAUCAAUAGCAUAACUCACAAUAAUUCAAUUUCUAUUCUUGGUUGUGCCCUUCAAGUGUUUUUAAUGACUUCUUUUGCAUGUGGGGAAGUAAUUCUCCUAACAGCAAUGUCAUAUGACCGCUAUAUUGCCAUCUGCUCGCCCCUUCACUAUGAGGCCAUCAUGAGCAGUGGUAACUGUGUGCUGAUGGUGGGUGUUUCCUGGGCUACUGGGGUACUCUUUGGAGCUUUAUACACAGCUGGUACAUUUUCCAUGCCUUCCUGUGGCUCCAUUGUGAUUCCACAGUUUUUCUGUGAUAUUCCCUCAUUGUUAGAGAUUUCCUGCUCUGACACACUUGUGGUCAUUUAUUCAAGUCUUCUAAUUGGUGUUUGUCUGGGAACGUCUUGUUUUAUCUGUAUUAUGAUCUCUUACUUUUACAUUUUCUCCAUGGUGCUGAGGAUUCUAACCACUAAAGGUCAGUCUAAAGCAUUUUCCACCUGCCUCCCUCACCUAACUGUUUUCAGUAUUUUCAUUGCCACUGGUUGUUCUGUCUACCUAAAGCCACCCUCAAGUACAGCAUCACUUACAGAGAGAGUAUUUUCUGUGCUCUAUACUGUGUUGCCUCCAGCACUAAACCCAGUGAUUUACAGUCUGAGAAAUAGUGAAGUAAAGUAUGCUUUUAAAAGGAUGCAGCAAAAUUUCUGCCCAAGUGGUUCACUUCAUGUAACAGUUCAAAAUAUCUGUCUACAGUUUGGUCGCUCACAUUUUAACAGCAAGUUUUGUAAUUUUUGA